AUGGGGUUGAAUGGAAGGCCGGGGGACGUUUGCGUGAAGCGACCACCGAAUCUUAGUGUGACCUCUCCCGGAUUCAUGUCGGAAGCCACGACGUUCUUGGAUCGGAUGCGCAAGCUGAUUUUUCAUUUGGGCAUAGUUCCCGAAGGUGGAAACGAUUGCGUACCAGUGAACCGUUUUUUUUUUCUUGACCAAACUGAUGUAUUAUUAGAGACCACCUACACGUGUGGUGCCCCGCAAUUUGACCCUAAACCGUUAAACGGUUGCCAGGCCUUUGUCACAGAGAGUCGGAUCACGGCCGAGAAGAAAGUCCGUCGCCUGUGUCGCACGAACCAGGCUCGGUUCUCGUCAGUUGGCGCGACGAAUUGGUCGACGUCGCCGAAGUUGAGCUCCCUUGACGUCAGCGUGUCGCGGAUCCAGUGGGAGAUCAACGACUCAUCGUCGUUCUGCCUUGUGGAACCCGGUCACGGUCCCGAACCCCACUUGCAGCGGCGUUCCGUCGUCCGCGGGCACCACCAGCAUCACCGCCAACGGCGCCGGGAUGGUUGGCAGCAGCAGAAGGACGCCGGGGAUUGCUGCCGACACUGUGUCAAGGCCGCCGUCGGCAGGACGCGACGGAACAGUUUGGCCAGUUCUACUGCGGCGGCCUCUGAUCAACAACAACAACAGCCGACGAAGGAAAUCUCGAGUUCCAGUGAUCGCAACUGCCGCCACGUGCCUGGCGACGACGAAAUGAACGACUGCGGCGCCUGUCGUCGCCAUAAAUCGAGGAAGUCGUGUCCCGCUAGCGACGACCAGCUGCACACCCGAAAAAGCAUGUCAUCCAAAUUGCGGAUGUUGCACCCGAGUGACGCGCAUGCUUGGACGCCGAAAUUAGUUCGAGUUUUCGACAACGGAAGGCAUAAAAUGGUUGUUGUGAUCUUGCCAUCUUCGUCCAACAAAGAUGUCCAAGAAGAUGACAAAAGUGCCGCAAACUCAGGAUCUUCGUUGCACGUCACCUUCAAGGCACACAAGGUGAAAGCGACCUUUGAGAAUGCUGACCAGCAGCAAAAGCUGCAACCCGAACCCCCUCCCGAUGAUGCUCGCAUUAAAUUCCAAAGUCGCGGAUGUUCGCCGCACGGUCCACACGAUGGCGACACGGCUGCCGGAGGCGACGUUGAAAACAAUGCUUUCCACUCUGUGCCUAGAGCCAGUGUCGUCGGCGGGGAGUUGACAAUCAAGCGCAGUGAUUGCGACCCUUUCUUCACUGCGUCAGAGAGCGAGGAUGACGACGGUUUUGCGAAGAAGGCAGAUGAGCUGGUGCCGGUGAUUUCCCCGUUGGCUCGGAUGAGGCGGAUCAAGUGCUGCUCGACCGGAAAUCUAAGGCGGAAGUUGGUUCGGGACGAUGCGGCUCAAACUGCGUUGGAGUUGCACGCAGUUGAGACCAUGACUGACAAUGAAUUGGGAAUGGAGCGCAGUGCGCAGACGUCUGCGAAUCGCUUCGCCAUUUCCUCGACCGGAACCCCUGACGAGAACCCUUUCCCGUGCCCCCCAGAAACCUCGUCGACACUCGACGCCUCACCGGCGACGCCAUGCCAUCAACGCUUCGACACUGCCACGACCGGUGCUUCGUCCCAAUUAUUGCCGCACUGUUAUGCGACAGCGGACGAACUCGAGUCGGAAUCAUGCUCAGGUUCUGUCGAGUCCAUGCCGCGGAGCGAUGUCGACGAAACGCCCGGAAUGUCGGGUGAUGACGAUUUCGCGGAUGUCGAGAAGGCGGAGUUGGGAUCGACGCUCGUGUCGACGCGGAAGGAAGACUACUUGACGUGUUGCAGUGGCGUGACGACCGACACGGGACAGAUGUCGGGUUUGGAGCGCUUCCAUUCCGUGGGCGACAAUGCGACGAGGGAAUCCAGCGACGAUGACGUGAGCGUGAACCGUGAACAGCACGAAUCAGCGUCGCUGGGCCAGCACUUGAACGCACCAAGGGAAAAUGCAUCCAAAUCUGCGGAAAACCUCUCUCGCGAAGACGAAAUCGCAACAAGAGAAUCGCGAGUCUCGCAGUACGGCAGCAGCGAAUGCCUCCCUCCGAGUCCAACUCCAGCUGUGGAAGAUAUCACACAUGCCGGCCAAACCCUUCGCCAAUCUUCCUCCGGCUCCCUUUUCCGCCAUCGGUCGUCUCAUUUGACCAAAUUCUUCCCGGAUUCCUCCCCACACGACGUCCAUCUGCUCACUGAUUCCACCCCGAAUUCGUCCCGCACCGGAAUCCGAUUCCGCGUCGGGCAGGUGCAAGUCGGGAUCAAAGAAGCCCUCGGCACCCAUAAGCGACGACAGCGAGUCUCGGAGACGGUGGACGAAGCAGCCAGUGCCAUGUGUUCAUCUGACAGCUUGCUCAUCAAGGUCAUAGAGCAACUGAACGAGCUGAAUGCCCUGCAAAGACACCAGAUUGAGCUGACCAAGGCGGGCAUGUCGUUUGUUUCGAAUCCGCGCGACGGCGUGAACGCUGAUUCCUCCGCGCUUCUGAAACCAUCCAAUGAAGAUGUCGCUCCCUUGCUUGCCAUGAAAUGCGAACAGAAAGACAAUAACGACGCUGUGACUGUCCAGCAGCAAGAGGAAAAGGUUAUUUCUGCUGAGGACACGAAGUUAAGCGACUGCUCGGAUGAUGACGACGAGAAAUCAGAGUUACUCAAGUCGGAGGAUGUAACGUUGCCGUUUUCUAGUAGCGCAGUGGAGAAAAACUGGAUUCCUCAGCGUUUUCGUGAAGCUUCGGCUGAAUCUCGCAAAGGGUCGGUGCACGACUCUUUCGCUCCUGCAGUGUUGCAGCGCUCUUACACUGAGAACAUGUCGAACGCGGAACUUCAUCCAAGGAUCCUAAAUUCUGUGUCAGAACGCCUCUUGAUCGCCCCCGUUUGUGUUCAGAGUGAGCAAAGAACUCCGAACAACUCAGCCGAAGAAAUGUCACGAAGCCCUGAACUAACUUCGACUUUCAGCUUUUCACCGUUUUCUGUUACUGCGAAAAUGAUAACUGACGGUGAAAAGGACAGCGGGUCGGUGGCAAAUUUAGCAGAAAGAAGCGAGAAAAUUUCUGGAACGAACUCCAUUUCGGAAACGUUCGCUGACGACGCUUUCGACGUCGACAGCAGCUAUUUGGAACCCGCGUCGACAGUAUCUAAAGCCCGGAUCUUGGGUAGCAGUCAGUCGCAAACCCGGGCUCGCAUGCCUGGCAUUCAUGCGUCCGUCAUCCCCAGCGAUGCUUCGUCUUCGUCUGACGGUCCCAUUAACUCCCACGCCUCCGUCACCCAUCUCAGCGACGCGUGCGGAAACGCAAUCGAGAACCCCGAAGAACCCACACAGCAGGGUGCCGGUGUUUGUGAGGAAGAAGGCGAUUCGCCAAGAAUCUGUGAACAAUAUACGGCUUUACCCAACGCCGAAGUAAUUUUUCCAGUCGAAGGUCAACCGGAGAAAACCCAUCUGGUCACUGAAAUCAUCGAACGUCGACUUGAGAUUCAGCAACAAACAUUAGAACUCGCGGCUGUAGAAUCCGAAAAAGGUUUAGACUUCUCCGAUUCCUGUCGGUCGAUGUCGAGCUUUUGUUUCGGUUCAGGGAUCGAACUCGGCGAAACAUCGUCAUCUAGUUACGAGGAAUUUGAUUUAGGACCUGGAACGAUCAGGAGAAGUGACAGUACUGGAGAAGUGCACAAGAAUCACACUUUUCUCGAUUUGACGACUGGUGAUGCCCGAAUUGAGCCGAUCGUUAACGACGAUCUAGAUCGAUGGAACUCUGAUGCUCACCAGUCUGCGGGUGAUCCGCGCCUCGAGCCUGAUGCCGCACCGAAUCCUACGUCUCCUCCUUCUCCGCAGUACAUCAAUUGCGUUGUCAGCUUUUCCGAAAGCACGGAAUGCACUUCAACGAUUACCCCUGAGGCGAGUUAUAGUGGGUCAAAGUCGAACCGUGGGUCCUUGCUGAACAUCCAGCAAACUGUUUCCGGAGAAUUUUUACCCGAGAAAACACGCGGGUUGCGGGGUUCGAGUCCUGCUCAAGUCUUCCACCGUCCGCACGAGAAUAUUCAUCGACAAGGAACUUACGAGGUCGUCGUGGGAUCACAAAGGAAUCCCAGCGGAUCCGUCAUCAAACAGAAUGUGGUCCUCGAUCCCACGAAAACCACGGAAUCGGGGUCCUCGAGAAUUCCUUGCCAUGUACGCGCUGUUUAUUUGGCUUCCUCGUCUUCAUUGUUCGAUGGCCGGGCCUUUGAUGUUUUCUUGAAUGUUCUCUAUUCUAGGAUGACCUUCGGGGCUGUCGCAGAUCGACGCAAUUCCCCAACGACGUUGACGAAUCAUUCUUCGGGCCAAAUCGUCGCGAGUGAUCAUGCGGAAGAAGCUGUUGUUGAGUCGGAACAGCCUCAGCCUGUUCCACUGGCGACGUUCUACGAUUUUCAUGUGCGCGACGCGGCGGAAGAAAUCCACUUCACGGAUAGCAACGAUUCAGUCCCAGCUCCGGAUCGCGACCCGGUUUUCAUCGAAAAAUCCGCGCACGGACCGGAUCAUUUUUCUUUGGCCGACGAAGAAAUGAGCUCCAGCGGGUUGAGUAACGAGCCUCAGUGGUCCAAGGGCUCCAGGGUGUUCUCUCAUCGUCGACCCAACGACACGGAGGUUCUCAUGUAUCUCGACGACACUAUUGCGGAUUUGCUUUGCUUGCGAGCGAUUCGGAUGCGAGUUAUGUGGUUAGAGGACUUCACACAGAAGGAACAAGAACUGACCCACUACUUCUACUACAUGUGCAUGCGAGAGGUUCUGCGUCGAGCCAAACCUGUCGUGGACAACCACCGGCUCCUGGACUUCCGGCCCCUUUUCACCCGCGGAGAGGAACUGGAAAUGGUACUUCUGCGGACUGUGCAGCGGAGACAGGAGAUCAUCGAGUCCAUGCCGAGCCGCCAUUCCUCGACGGCGUCCGUUUCCGUCGACGUAGUGGGGUUGUCGACACCGCCGCCGCCGUCGUCGUCAUCAUCGUCGUCGUUCGACCAGCGACACGGAUCCGCCGCGUCCAGGAUCGCGGAGAGACUGUUGGUCUGUUGCGAUGAGCGGAUUUACGCCUUGUUUGUGCUCUGCUACCGGCGUUGGGAAGAACGUGACAAGCAGCCUCGCGACAGACGGAACCCGAUCACCGGCCAGACUGCCUCGACCCUGGACACGUUCAGCUGUUUGCUUUGCAAGUACGUGCGAGGAAACAGUGACCCCGACGUUGUACUGCGUCUGGAGCACUCGGGCUACUUGCCCUACCUUCGCCAGAAGAUCCUCGCUCUGGCCACCAACUUCAAGUCUGUGGAAGCUUGAAGAAAACUCAUGGAUGAUUUACGGGGCUUCGAGUGGUUGAGGUGAGACGAACCCGGGUCGCUCUCGGGAAAACUCCCUGAACCCGGCGAAAUGAAACAGAGCGAGACGAGGAACGCAAAAGCCGGGUUGCUUGAUCCGUGUCGCCUUCCGCUAAAAUCCCCACUGGUGCUGCUGAGCUUAUAGGCCAGAAGAGACAGGCCUGGCCCUGAUUACGUCCGCCUGCAACAAGAGCCGGUCUUAUACAUACAUACCCCUCCUCAUAUAUAUGGACUGAUUGUCGACCCUUUUCUUGUUAAGCCUGAUUCUUGUUUUUUCGCUGUUCCUUACGGCCGGAAAUACGACUGUGGUUGAUUUUA